UUUGAAUGUAGGAGUAAAAACUUGUAUGUUGUAUGGCGCCCAGGUAUCGGUGAUUUCAUUGGAGAUCCUUGAAUUGCGCGGUGCUGAUAAGAAUGUUUCAUUAUCGUAAAAAUACACCGCAAUGGUUAAAGAUAGACUCAAUGAACUCAAACAGCAGAAGAGUCGGAAAAAUGAAAAAGCUCAAAACACCACAAUAGAAAUAGAAAACAAUUCCACCCAAAAUGACACCGAAGACGAGAAUAAAAAAUUGCGCCAAACCUUCGAACGUGCCGGAGUCAUAGCGCAAUGGAUUGAACAAAUCGAAAGCAACAACCAGGACAUCAGGGUUUAUUUACGCCGACUUGAGGAUUUGAAAUACAACCAGAAGGACGUGGACGAGAAAUUAAACUCGUUCUUCCAAAACAACAAAAGUAUAGCGCAACAACUCGUCCCCAAACUGAAAGAAGUCGACAAAGAGUUGAGCGAAAUCAAGUCCGAGUCAACAGAGAAGAGAAUAAAAACAAUCCAGUACAACACCUCGAAAAAACGCUUCGAGAAAGCGUUCCUCGACAAUAACCAACUUUUAGAAAACUACAAAUCGGCCCAAAAGGCCAUAAUCAAGUCGCAGUUGCAGGCCAGGGGGUACUUUCAAGCAACCGACGAUGAAGUCGCACGACUGCUCGAGGAAGGCACCGAUAUUCAAGUUUUUACCGAAAAUAUUUUGGCUGAGACGGCAGAAGCGAAGCGAAUUUUGGCCGAUGUGGAGGAACGACACCAGACGCUGUUGCAGAUUGAGCGCUUGUUGAUCGAAGUCCGGGAUUUGUUCGUGGAAAUGUCCAUCCUGAUCGACAGUCAGCAAGAACUGAUCGACAGGAUUGACUAUCAGGCGCAAUCGGCGACUGAUCACAUCGGGGCUGUGGAUUUGGCGGCUGUGAGGAGGUCGAAGAGGAAGUAUAUGAAGAGGAAACUUUGGGUUAUUCUGGCAAUCAUUGUCUUGGUCAUCAUUCUUUUGGUUAUUUUAUUGAAGUAACGAAACACUUUUUAAUAGACAUUUUUAUUACAAA